GACAUUCAUCUGCUUGUACAGCAUUUUGCAGUCGGCUGCGUUUUAUUCAUUCAUCACCUGCUCUCCUGGCUGCAUCUCUCGGUUUGGCGUUUAUCUCGAGGUUUUGGGUUGUAAUUGAUGUAAGUGGGGUUCGGUGUUCAGGCUCUUUGGGGGUUUUUGUGCUCAGUUUUGGGAGGAAAUCUUCGUCUGAGAUGGGCUGCGCCGGAUUCACCUGCUCCAAGAAUUCCCUCUGCGCCCUCAACAUCCUCUAUGUGAUGGUGAGCAUGUUGAUGAUUGGCAUCGCUGCCUGGGGAAAGUGGUUUGGCCUGGUCUCGAGUUUCCAGGUGGUAGGGGGCAUCAUCGGCAUUGGGGUCUUUCUGUUCCUCGUCGCUUUGGCUGGACUCAUUGGUGCCAUAAAGCACCACCAAGUUCUUCUCUUCUUUUACAUGAUUAUCCUGUUCCUGGUGUUUGUGGUCCAGUUCUCGGUGUCCAGUGCAUGCCUGGCCAUUAACAAAGAGCAGCAGAAUGAGCUGUUGGAGGUGGGCUGGAACAACUCGCGGACAACACAGCGGGACGUGGAGAAGAGCCUGAACUGCUGCGGAUUCUCUCACAUGGAAGUCAACGACACUUGUCCUGCUGCAUGUUUCACUCAUUCCACAUGUGACACGUGUGCAGCGAAGAUCCAGGAGCAUGUUGGGGAGGUGCUGCGCAUCGUCGGAGGGAUCGGCCUUUUCUUCAGCUUCACUGAGAUCCUGGGGGUGUGGCUAACCUACAGAUACAGGAACCAGAAAGAUCCACGGGCCAAUCCUAGCGCCUUCCUGUAAACCCCAGCCUGGACAAGGCAACUUCCUGUCCUUCAUCCUGCAAACUCCUCUAACCACUGGACUUCUUACUAGAGCUCUGUACAACACCAGAAGUGUGUGUUUGCUUUCUCUGAAGCAGAGAUCAGUGCUCGUUCUCGCUGCUGCGUGUGUUGUUCAUUUUGAAAGAGUGCAGUGUACUGAGGCAAAAAAAAAAAAAAUCAUAUAUAUGUCACGGAGCUGAAUUUUUUUGUUUUGAAUGGAGCUACGACUACACCAAAUGAAACAGAGAAUUUUUAUGGAGGAAACACUUCUUCUGUUAGAUAGUUAAGGGCUAAAAGUAAUUGUCAUAUUUACUGUAAAAAAAAAAAAAAGACCAAACGUGGAGAAAAAAAACU